AUGUCCCUAGUGUCAAGAGAGCUUCGAUCAGGUGCUUUAGAUAAUUCCAGAGCAGCACAAGAAAUUUUAAGAUCGAUGGGCCAUGAUAUGUCAAUUAAUGGCAUCCGCAAGUCAUUGAGACGAAAUGGACUUAAAUCUCGUAGAAAAGUAAAGACCAAUUUUGUUAGUAAGACAAACAAGCGGCUUCGAUUGGCGUGGGCUAAAAAGCAUAGGCAUCUUACUAUUGCUGAUUGGCGUCGUUGGGUGUUUUCGGAUGAAACAAGAAUAAACCUUUGGGGCUCAGAUGGUAAUUCUUUUUACUGGACGAAUGGUGGCCGAAUCAUGCAGUCGUAUCAAGUCAAGUCUCAGUUGCAGGGAAAUGACGGUGGGGUCAUGUUCUGGAGUUAUAUAACAGCGGAGGGGCCUGGUUAUGGUACUACCAUUAUUGAAGGACGCAAUAAACUCGGGCUUGUAUGUCGAUAUCUCGAAGACAUCAUUGAACGACACUUUUGA